UGUGUAACUUGCUGGGGACUUGAGGCUAUAAAAUGAAGGAACUUACUGUAACCGGGACGCAUUCUGUAGUUGGAGUUCCCUUUGUGAACUCCUAUGCAGAAACUAAAGUCAGUCCAAUGCUUUAAUCAGGGCGCACACAGAGAGAUAUCGCUGUCGGUUUCCUCUCCUUUUCCAAGCUGAAAAGAUUUCAUCCAGUCGCCGGGUAGAGACAGAGCAGAGCCAUGGCAGGGGACGGGUCGGACCAGCGGGCGCUGCAGUAUGAACAAACUCUGAUGUAUGGGCGCUACACCCAGGAGCUCGGGGUGUAUGCCAAAGAGGAGGCCGCUCGGCUGAGGGAGAGCGGGCAGAGGCGAUCGGUCAGCGACCGAAGCCGGACCCUGGACCUGCUGGAGUACGACAAAGGACGCUGUGCCAAGUGUCGCAGGGCAGGGUACCCGUAUGUUCUGGAAGCCCCAGCCCACGACUUUAUCUCUGUCUGCACGGUUCGCUGUCAGAAGUUCCUGAUCUCGCGGGUCGGGGAGGACUGGAUCUUCCUCAUCCUGCUGGGACUCCUCAUGGCCCUGGUCAGCUGGGUGGUGGACUUCUGCAUCGCCAUCUGUCUACAAGCACAGAAGUGGAUGUACGGUGGUCUGGACAGUAACGUGUUCCUGCAGUAUCUGGCCUGGGUCACUUACCCUGUGGUCCUCAUCACCUUCUCGGCCGGCUUCACCCAGAUUCUCGCCCCACAGGCUGUCGGUUCAGGCAUUCCAGAGAUGAAGACCAUCCUGAGAGGAGUCGUGCUGAAAGAAUACCUCACCUUCAAAACUUUUGUGGCCAAAGUCAUUGGACUCACCUGCGCUCUGGGCAGCGGCAUGCCCCUGGGCAAGGAGGGUCCGUUCGUGCACAUCGCAAGUUUGUGUGCUGCUCUCCUCAGCAAGUUCAUGUCUCUGUUUGGAGGAAUCUAUGAGAAUGAGUCGCGAAACAUUGAGAUGCUGGCAGCAGCUUGUGCUGUGGGAGUGGGCUGCUGUUUUGCUGCCCCCAUAGGAGGUGUGUUGUUCAGUAUUGAAGUAACAUCCACGUUCUUUGCGGUGAGGAAUUAUUGGCGAGGUUUCUUUGCUGCUACCUUCAGUGCCUUCAUCUUCAGAGUACUGGCUGUAUGGAACAGAGACGAAGAAACCAUCACAGCCCUUUUUAAAACCCGUUUCCGGCUAGACUUCCCCUUUGACCUCCAAGAGCUUCCUGCCUUUGCCGUCAUUGGUAUCGCCAGUGGUUUUGGUGGGGCUUUGUUUGUCUACCUGAACAGACUGAUUGUGCAGUUCAUCAGGAAACAGAAGGCCAUCAACAGAUUCCUCAUGAAAAAACGUCUGCUGUACCCUGCACUGGUCACUUUACUUGUUUCCACACUAACAUUUCCCCCUGGAUUUGGACAGUUUAUGGCUGGCAAGCUGACCCAGAAGGAGUCUCUUGUGACGUUACUGGACAACCGGACGUGGGCCAAACAGGGCAUCGCUGAGGAGUUUGACUACAUCGGACACUCUCAGGCCUGGAAACACCCACAGGUCAACGUCUUCGUCACCCUGGUCCUCUUCAUUGUCAUGAAGUUCUGGAUGUCUGCCCUGGCCACCACCAUCCCAGUGCCCUGCGGAGCCUUCAUGCCAGUAUUUGUUAUUGGAGCAGCCUUUGGUCGUCUGGUCGGAGAAAGCAUGGCAGCCUGGUUCCCAGAUGGCAUUAACACAGAUGGCACCAUCUACCCAAUAGUGCCAGGAGGCUAUGCUGUCGUGGGUGCGGCGGCCUUGUCUGGAGCGGUCACCCACACGGUUUCCACCGCAGUCAUCGUGUUCGAACUGACUGGCCAGAUCUCCCACAUCCUGCCGGUGAUGAUAGCAGUGAUCCUGGCCAAUGCCGUGGCCCAGUCCCUGCAGCCCUCCCUCUACGACUCCAUCAUCAGGAUCAAGAAGCUGCCCUACCUCCCAGAGCUGGGCUGGGGACACCACGAGAAGUAUAAUAUUCGUGUGGAGGAUAUCAUGGUGCGGGACGUACGGUACAUCACCCUCAACUGCUGCUAUAGAGACCUGCACAACGUCCUGCUAACGGGCCACCUCAAGACUCUGGCACUGGUGGAAUCAGCUGAGUCCAUGAUCCUCUUGGGUUCCAUCGAGCGCGCCCAGCUCCAGUCGCUGCUCUCCCAGCAGCUCGGUCGCCCCAGACGGCUGGAGUACAUCAGGGAACGAGCCCUCGCCGAGAAAAAACGGAUGUCGGUCGUGUCAAACCCAGGCAGUGAGGACGGCAGCCAGCGGGUCAGCCAGGAGGUCCGCUUCCAGAUCUCUACUGAGGAGUCAACCUUCAGCCCCGUUCGUCCAGUUCCUCAGAAGCCCCUCAAACCUGCACUAAAGAGAUCCUCUGUGGUGGAGCGACCCACCGAGAUCCCCACCAGUCCACAUGAUAAUUCGGGCAUUGCUUUAAAGAACCUGUUCUGUGCCAGUCCAGACGCGGAGGGCCUGGAGAAAAACAACAACGUGGAGAGCCCCACGUCUCCUGAGCUCAGGAGGCCAUCCAAACGUGUCCGGAUAUCCGUCGUGGAGCCACCACCCAGCUUUAAGAGUUUCUCUGGGGAUGACGGAGAUGUGGAGGAUGACAUGACUAUUAGAGAGAUUGCAGAGUGGGAGGAGAUGCAGCUUGAUGAGCAGGUCAACUUCAACAACUGCAAGAUCGACCCCGCCCCGUUCCAGCUGGUGGAGCGCACGUCGCUGCAUAAGACCCACACCAUCUUCUCCCUGCUGGGCCUCGACCACGCCUACGUCACCAGCAUCGGACGCCUCAUCGGGGUGGUUUCCCUCAAAGAGCUGCGCAAGGCCAUCGAGGGCUCCGUGACAGUGAAAGGUGUGAAGGUGCGUCCUCCUCUGGCCAGCUUCCGGGACAGCGGCACCAGCAGCAGUGAGAACGAAGCCACCGAGCUCCACAAGCUGUGGGAUCGCCACAAGAGCAUGUCGCUGCCCCGCGAACACACCCCCUCCGAAUCCGAUGAGAAAUCCCAGUGAGGGAAAGUAGAGGAGGUGGAGGAUGAAGAAGAGCAGGUGGAGGAAGCGGAAGAGGAGGAGGAGGAGGCAUUGAGAUCUUUAAUCCCCCAAAGCCACAAACAUGCAAAAAUCCUCAGGGCUUAGGAUCAAUAUUUAAUUCUGGAAAGAGUUCUACUGCUACGCCAGCCUCUUUGUAACUCAUUUCUCUCCUCAUCUACUCCUCUUUCUCUCCUCCAUCCACUUUGCUUCAUGGACCCACUAGUGCUUUCCCCCAGGGUUCUUGCACUGACCAAGCCAGACACUCCACAGGGGAGUGGAACACAACUCAACCUGUGCCCUGCUCUCCAUUUACCCUUGUGAACCCGCACCCAGGGGGGAGAAAAAGACAUGUGUUGGUCAAAUCCAACUGGGAAUGGGUUGAAAUUUUUAAAAAAAGGGAUUUUUUUUUUUUUUUGAGACUUUGUUUAGCUUGUGUAUCAUUAGAGUUGGGAUCAAAGCUUGGACCAGCAAAUGUUAUCUUUUGGAACACGUCUUCCACUUCGUAGAUACAUUCAGCAAUGAUAACAAGGAAGAAUAAUGUAUGCGUGUAGUAUGAGUGUAUGAAUGAGAAAAUGUGAGUAGCAAACGACUAUUUCUUAUACGACCUUUUUUAUUGCCAUUAGAACACAUUUCAGUCUUUGUUUUCCAGCUUGAAUAAUUUAAUUUCUGACUGAUCAGGUGGUCUGGGUUAAACUGGAAUUUGCCAUGGCACCAUUUCUUUGUAAAUGACUCUUGUUUGUCCCAUCGACAAGCACUGGACUAAGGGUACAGAUGCCUUAGUGUUUUGUUUUUUUCUUGUUUCCAUUACUCCUCUUUUCCUUGGUCUUCUCAUCAUUUCACUGAGAGUCUUAAUGGUCAGGUUGAGAGUACAGUCUAUGCAAGCAGACAUGCCUGUUGGCAGUGGUGAAAGCACCUGUAGCCCUUUUCAUAAUGUACACUCCUUUCAUACUGUAGCUACGGCCUUACAUUACAAAUACACAUAGAAAACACACAAGAACGAGACGGCGGCGAUGCACUCCGAGAGUCAAGGUUUUCCGCUUAUCUAAAUAUAGCUCUUAAUAAGUGUUCCAGAGAAGGUUGGGGCGGAUGGAGGGGGCAGGAAGCGAGGGAGAGGCGAAGAACGGGGAGCAAAUGGAUGGCUGAAAGAAUGAAGACAUCAUUACCUAACCAGCUGCUCUGGGCCCUCUCAUCAAUCUGCCUUUGAUUUCCAUGUUAGCUAACCUCCAUUACUAUCAGAGACACAGGGUCCCCCCCCACCACCACCACCACCACCACCAGCCAUAUGAUGUAAUGGUCCAGGGCAGAGGCCCACACUGUCACCAUAUACAACACCAGAUGACAACAUGUGAGCAACUUGAUUAAUGCAGACCAGUAGCUUGAGUGAUCCAGUGAGAUUAGCUGAUAUAAUAACACUAAAAAUUCCAUAACUGACAAAUAAUGACAAUAUGUAGUUGAUCCUUUUAAAAUGUACCUUGUUUACCAAUGUAAGUCAUUACUAAAUUAUAGCUCCAGCUACUAGAGGAAUACAACCUGGAACGUGAGCCAUUAAUGUUUUAAUGACAGCAUGGUUUCUGAUUCAGCAAGUAGUCUGACACGACAGAUAAUGUAUACGUACUGUGUAUUUAAUAAUUCAUGUCUGCCAUAAUGCUUGAGGCUUGUCAGUGCGCACUCUGCUCAUCGACAGAAGAAACAUUGAUUUGUUUUCCCUUUCCUCCAUCCCUCCAUCUUUUCCACUUCCAUUUUUUACUCAUGUGGGCAAAUGCGUCCUGUAACACUCCUUUUCUUAAGUCUUUUAUUUAUAUCUUUGGGACUAGGUAUGAAUGUCCACUACUACCUACAGAAUUAGCUCUACUGUUUAGAUGCCUUAAAUAUGCACUCAUACCCAACUUCAUUGUGGUUUCCAGCAUUUGAUGCAUCGCAUGGGUUUUAUUUUUGGUGGUGUCUUGUCUUGCUGCGUGACCACUAAAAGUAAAAUACUCAGUAAAAAAAAAAAAGCAUGGCUUUGCAUGAUGGAGUGCAUGUGAGAUUUGUCUUAUAUGAUCAAAAUGUACCAAAAACAAAAGCUUGAUGGAAAUGAAUAUGGGACAAGUGAAUGAUGAUGUGUCUUUCUUUGUUUGCCAUCCUGUGCCUGUAUGUUAUGUGUCUUUACAGUAUCUUAUUUUAUACUUCUUGUGGCAGAUUAUUUCACUUUGAUUGGCAUCUUCCAUUCAUCCAAUGAGCUUUAUUCAUUGCCUGAUUUUGAACUGGGGAUGGGGUCUUUGGGUUAUGCUUACAGAUUAAUAUAUUUAACAUCACUUCUGUAAUAUAAAAUCAUAAUUUAAUGUCUUAACCAAUCUUAAAUUGUUGACUUUUGUCUUUUUGAAAGAGAUUUUGGUGGCUUGUUUAAUGAAAUUUGUUGUAUUUUUUCAGAUUUGAUGAUUUACAGUUUGAUUUUAAUGCUGUCCUUUGUGGGUUUUUUUUAUAUUUCUACAUGCUGCCUGAAACAUUUCUACUAGGACAUUUAUUUUUAAAUGCAAAUAACACUAACAUGGGGUGAAGGCUCGCAAUGGCUGCCUGAUAGGAAAGCAAAAAAGAAAUGUAAUUGUGAAGCUGAGGGAAGUUAAUCUGUCUGUUGGUGACAUGUUCAUCCCACAAGUGCCUGCAUCGGCUCCUCUUCUUUAUCAAUAAGCAAUCGACACCUAAGUGUUCAGAUCUGGUUUUCUAGUCAUACACAUGUAGACGAGGCACUUUUCACACACACGCACACACAAAAAUGUAAGCGGGUGGAUGAUGUGUCAGCGCGGUGUGCAAUUAUCACCAUGGCAACCUGUCGCAGUCGUCACAACGACACCCCCCACCCCGACAGACUGAGAUCCACUCGUCUGAUUUGGUUCUGUUCAUUUGUUUGUGCUUUUCAUCGAUUUUCAUUAUUCUGCCUUCUGCCAGAGCCUUUCCCUCCGCCGACAUUUCAGAAUUUUUCAUCUCAUUUGCUACCAGACAGAUAUAGACCGAGGUAGAUGCAUAUUUAUUAGUCUGUAUUAAUCAAAGUAGAAGUUGUAAAAUGUUUUGUUUGUCAUUCUUUUUAUGAAUGAUCUACUUGUAGGUAAUCAAUUUGUGCAAUAACAGUUGUUCAUCUCACUUUGUAACCCAGUUUUAAUUGAUGACAUGAAUGCAAGAUAACCUUAUUUUUGUAAAGAAACCUGAAAAGUGUAAAAAGAUGUAUGUAUAUGAGGAGAACUGACGCUCACACGGGAGCUUGUGUGUGAUAAAGUGAUGUUUGAAUGGCGGCUUAAGGGGGAAGGUUUCCCAAGAGCCUGAAUAGAAGCUAUCAGAAUCUCACUAGAAUCAGCAUUAAGAUAUUUAAGAAGAGGAAUAGCUUAUACUCCUCAUUCUGGCGUUGGGAAACCUUCCCCAUCUGGUCUUAAAAGGCUCUGUGGUGAAUCCUGCUGCAUGGACUGUAGCUGGCGCUCUCAUACAAGCCCCCCACCCCCUUAAGCAGUGACGCUGAGUCAGUUUUAUCAAGCUCCUCUCUAUCCUCUCCUUCAGUCUGAGGCGCUUUGAUAAGACCAGAUCCUCACAUCAGCUGUUGAGGGUUAUCUUUUAUCCGCUCCUUAGAGCUCUUAGGGACUGUACAUUGUACAUACUGGAGGCCUCCACUACCCCGAGGGCCAAACCAGACGGAGCUGAACAAAAUCCAGAGCUAUUUUUCACACAGAAAAAUGAAACAUUGUUUUGUAUAUCAGGGAUGAAUAAAUGAGAUUUUAACAAACA